AUGGGUCGUGUGAUCCGCAAUCAGAGGAAGGGUCGUGGAUCCAUUUUCACGGCUCACACCCGUCUCAACAAGGCUCCUGCCCAGUUCCGCACGCUCGACUUCGCUGAGCGCCAUGGAUAUGUCAGGGGUGUUGUGAAGGAGAUCAUCCACGACCCCGGCCGUGGUGCUCCUCUCGCUAAGGUCCAGUUCCGUCACCCUUACAAGUUCAAGAUGGUUACCGAGACCUUCAUCGCCAACGAGGGCAUGUACACUGGUCAAUUCAUUUACGCCGGAAAGAACGCUGCCCUGACCGUCGGCAACAUCCUCCCCCUCGCCUCCGUUCCUGAGGGUACCGUUGUUUCCAACGUCGAGGAGAAGUCUGGUGACCGUGGUGCUCUUGGUCGUACCUCCGGAAACUACGUUACCGUUAUCGGCCACAACCCUGAGGAGGGCAAGACCAGAAUCAAGCUCCCCAGUGGUGCCAAGAAGGUUGUGAAGAACACCGCUCGUGGUAUGGUUGGUAUCGUCGCUGGUGGUGGUCGUACCGACAAGCCUCUGCUCAAGGCUUCUCGUGCCAAGCACAAGUUCGCUGUCAAGCGCAACUCUUGGCCCAAGACUCGUGGUGUUGCCAUGAACCCCGUCGAUCACCCUCACGGUGGUGGUAACCACCAGCAUAUCGGUAAGGCCUCGACCAUCUCUCGCUACGCCGCCCACGGUCAAAAAGCCGGUCUUAUUGCUGCCCGGAGAACUGGUCUGCUCCGUGGUACCCAGAAGACCAAGGAUUAA